UCAAAGCACAUCCAACUCGGCGAAAUACAAAUAAUUCUAGAACUCUAGAACUCUGCGAAAUUGCGAAGUGAUACUAACUUUUGAUUUGAAAUACCGAAAUUUAACAGUGAAAUCUUUGUGUAUUAAGAACGUCGUUUCCAGAUUUGGACUAUAUUCCAAAUAUGAAUUUUAAAAUAUACUACGCACGAGCUUGCCUCACUUUUCUUCUCAUUUGUGUCGGCAAUUACAUUACCGUUGCAGAUGCCAAGCCUGCUGUAACAUACGUAGACGGCUAUUUUGAUAGGAUUGAGCAUGACUAUAUAGUACCCUAUCGACAACCGAUUACCGACUAUCAUCUGAGUCGCUUGCGUCGUGGCUACUACUACGUCGAGGAUGGUUAUAUAACCGCUAUACCCGAGUCCCUCCUGCACGCGAAUAGACGCGUGGAUACUGUGUCGUCUAGAGUUAAUAGCGCAAGGUCGAAUGCUGCUAAGAAUAAUCGUACGAAUGGCAAGCACAAGAAGUUAUUUGUGCCAAAUUUAUUCGGCUGAGGAGGGAAUGAAAGGAAGCUGCAAAAUCAUUGCAAUAAGUUUGGUGGCUUUUGCCCGUUUCUAACUUAUUUUCUCGCUGACCUCUUUCGAUUGGCACUUUGAGAUGAUAGACUGAAGUAUAUGUUAAAAGCUUUCUUUUUUUUUAAUUGUUAACAUUUAUAUUUCGUUAUUGGACAUAGUUUAGUUCUAGAAACUUAUGCACCUGAUUGUAUUAAGUUCACUUAUUCAUAGCGAAAAUACUGUUAUUUUGUAUAUUAUGCAUUAUUAUUUUGGUGUAUAU